AUGCAAUUCCAUAUUUAUUUGCUCAUUUUUCUACCAUUAUUUAUGAGCCAAGACGUUAAAAUGGUGCAAAUUCACGGAAAAGUCACAAAUGCCAUUGUUACUAAUUCAGCAAACUUCAUGACACUCACAGAAUGCACAAAUGGGUGUUAUGUGAAUCCGAAUUGUUCUCUAGCAUACUUCAAUGGAUCCUGUUGGUAUCAUGAUCAAUUGGCGGAAAAUCAAUCAAUAUUUGUUGAAGACGGUUCUAGUAGGGGUAUCGUAGUUUUUAAGACAGACAUCUCCAACAUCCCCAAUAACACGAGCCCGGCAUCCUACACCAAUCUCAAAUUCUCACUAGCCUCAUCAACUGGCGAAAAGUACUCUUGGACAAGAACCACCUUCGGAUGGAAGUUUGUUAGCUGCAGAACUGGCUGGAAGAGGUUUGAACGGGACGAUGGAACUGUUGUUUGAAUGAAACGCAUAUAUACUACAAGCGCAUCAUUAAAUAAUACUAACUCGCAAUGCGAAGAGCAAAAUGCAGUACGGACAGGAAUCGCGUCGAUUGAGGAGUAUACAUGGAUGAAAGGGGUAUCGUUUUCUCGGUAUGGAAUCAACAUUGGUGGAGAGAGAAAUUGCCCGACAACUCCGUGCACAACUUACCGAUGGACUGAUGGCUACACAACUUCCACGACUUUUCUCAAUUCAACCUACCGUAUAUCCUCUUUUAGUAAGACGUGCAAAACUAAUUUUCGGACACCUAAUUCGAUGCAAAACUAAUG